AUGGACAAUCCUAGAAAUAAAAGAUGGAUGUAUUGUGAUAGAGUUAGUAAAGAAUAUUUUGAGGGAGUAGAGGAUUUUUUAUAUCAUGCAUUUUUUGAAAAACAACGUGGAGAAAAAAUUGCAUGUCCUUGUACGGAGUGUGUGCUUAUCCAUCAAGUAAAUCGGGCUACAGCAUAUGAUCAUCUUGUGGUUAAUGGUAUUGUACCGUCAUAUGAUACUUGGUUUUUUCAUGGGGAGUCUCUAAAGGGAUCAAACAAUGCUGGAGAAAAUAACCGAAGCCAUUCAACUCUAAGGGGCGAUGAUAUGCGAGGAAUGAUACAUGAUGCAUUUGUAGAUGUUACACAGUUCAUGGAUACCGACAUUAGUGAAAGUGGUGGCAUGGAUCAAAACGUACAAGAGAAUACUGCUCAUCCAUCUGGAAAUCAACCUCAUCCUGAGGUGGAUAAGUUUGAACGACUCAUGAAGGAGGCAAAUGAAGAAUUAUAUCCUGGAUGUAAGAGGUUUAGCAAACUGUCCCUUUUGCUGCAUAUGUAUCGUAUAAAAUGCACGUUCAAAUGGUCAAAUGAAUCUUUUAAUUCUUUUCUUGGACUAUUGAAAGAUGCGCUUCCUAAAGAAGAAAAAUUGCCUCCUUCUUUCUAUGAGACCAAAAAGAUAGUUGAAGGCUUGGGCUUAAAGUAUGAAAAAAUUUAUGCUUGUCCUAACGAUUGCAUGCUUUUUAGGAAAGAGUUUGCUAAUAAGAAUGUUAAUAAAUGCAAAGUUUGUGGAGCUUCUAGAUGGAAAAAUGAUGCUAGAAAAAUUCCAGCCAAGGUCCUAAGGUAUUUUCCUUUAAAACCAAGGCUACAGAGAUUGUUUAUGUCUUCAGAAACUUCUAAAGCAAUGCGAUGGCAUCAUGAAGAGCGCAACAAAGAUGGAGUUCUACGAUAUCCUGCAGAUUCUGAAGCUUGGAAAAAUUUUGAUAUAAAUAUCCCAAAUUUGCUGGAGAUCCUCACAAUGUGCGCCUAG